AUGAUCGUCUUCUUUCUCUCCUCCCCCGUUCCCUCCCCUCCCCUCCGCUCCCCCAAUCACAACAAAUCCAUGCCUUUCCACCAUCGCCACCCCUUCCUUCUCUUCCUCCUCUCAAUCUCCUCCAUCUCCCUCGCCUCAGCCGGAAACUCAUCGUUCCCCAUCCUCUGCAAAACUCCCUCCUCCUCCCCCACCUGCAACUCCUUCCUCUACGCCCAAUCCCAAAACCUCCCUGUCUCCACCGUAGCCGCUAUCUACUCCGCCAACGCCUCUCUCUCCCGCAACCUCACCCGCUCCACCGGCAUCACCGACUAUCUCCUUCAAGUACCCUGCACUUGCACCGCCACCAGCCAAGGCACCACCGCCCUCUUCUACGACACCAAUUACCGCGUUAUCGCCGGCGACACGGCUGACUAUAUCACCUCUAGUGUAUUCAGCGGCUUGGCAUGGAAUAUAGAUCCCGGGCUCCAAGCAGGGCAAUUGAUCACGGUGCAUCUGCCGUGUGGGUGUUUACCGGGCGGCGAGGCGAUGAUUGUGAGCUAUGCAGUGGAGACGGGCGAUACUCUAUUGAAGAUUGCUGAAAUGUUUUCGGCUGAUACAAUCGAGACGGUUAAGAUGAACUCUCAGCUCGCCGCUAAUCCGGAUUUUUUGAACCUUGGUUGGCUGCUAUUUGUGCCGAUGGGCACCGCCGCGCGGCGGCGCUCCGGCCGAGGGUUUUUGUUGGCUUUGGCGAUAACGAUACCGGUGAUUCUUUUGAUGCUCUGCAUGUUGGUUCUAUUGUUUCUAUGGCGGAGACAGUCGCACAGAAAGCUUCAAGAGAAACAAAUGAAGAGGAGUGUGAGUGCCAAGUCCGGACUCGCCAUGCUGGAAAGCCAAUACAAUCUCGAUGGGGACAAGGCGUUUGAGUCGGAUAGGCCGUUGAUUUUUAGCCUGGAGGAGGUGGAGAGAGCCACGGCUAACUUCGAUAGUUCAAGAGUGAUUGGAGUGGGUGGAUUUGGGAGUGUAUAUUAUGGGAUGCUUGGAGACAAGGAGGUUGCAAUUAAGAAGAUGAAGUCAAACAUGUCCAAAGAGUUCUUUGCAGAGCUGAAGGUCUUGUGCAGAGUGCACCACAUAAAUGUGGUAGAGUUGAUUGGUUUUGCGAGUGGAGACGAUCAUUUGUAUCUUGUGUAUGAGUUUCUUCAGAAUGGCUCGCUCAGCGAUCAUCUUCAUGAUCCACUUCUAAAAGGGCACCAGCCUCUAUCAUGGACUGCAAGAGCUCAGAUAGCACUGGACACUGCAAGGGGGAUCGAGUAUAUUCACGAUUUCACUAAAUCUCGCUAUGUGCACAGAGAUAUAAAGACCAGUAACAUUCUUCUGGAUAAUUGCCUAAGAGCAAAGGUCGGAGAUUUUGGGCUUGCGAAGCUUGUGGAACGUAGCAGCGAAGAUGACCUGAUUGCUACUAAGUUGGUUGGAACUCCUGGUUAUCUCCCUCCAGAGUCACUUCUGGAGUUCCAGACAUCCACCAAAACAGAUGUGUUCGCAUUCGGGGUAGUCAUUGCAGAGCUCAUCACAGGGCGCCGUGCAUUGACUCGUGAUAGUAAGGAAGCUACAAAAAUGAAAUCACUUGUUCCAGUUAUGAAAGCUGUUUUUAUUGGGGAAGAUCCCGAGCGAGGAAUAGAGGAAAUCGUUGAUGGAAACCUUAGGAGCAGCUUCCCCAUGGAAUCAGUCUUUAAGAUGGCCGAGAUCGCUGCUUGGUGUCUCAGCGAUGACCCCCUGAACCGACCGGAAAUAAGCGAGACAAUCGUCAAGCUAUCUCAGAUUCUCUCGGCAUCAAUAGAAUGGGAAGCAUCUACUGGAGGAAGCGGUGAAGUAUUCAGUGGCGUGUUAAAUGGAAGAUAACAGACAUAAAAAAGCCCAUUUUUUUAAGUUCUUGAAGGCUGCAAAGAUGGUUCUUCUAUUGCUGUAAUAUAAGUUGAUAAUGUUUUUGCUUGUUUUAAAUCACAUAUUUCUAUAUAUAUAAUGAUAGUUUGUUUAUAUUAAAAGUUUGGUGCAGCUCUUAUGAAUCGCCAUAUGGAAGCUCAUGAAACAAUUUCAAACAAAUUAGAGUCAGCAGAGCUGUGCUGAGGACAACUAGCUAGAUAGACAAA